AAUCAGGAGAUCAAACAGUUUCUGAGAACAUUCUACAACUACCACCAAGAUAACUGGGUAGAUCUUUUGCCAUUUGCCGGAUUCUCACACAACAUGCAAAAACAUUCAACUACUGGAAAGUCCUUCUUUGAAGUGCUCUAUGGCUUCAAUCCCCUGUAUUCAGCAGACACAGCUUUGGAAACAAAGGUACCUGUGGUAGCUGAAUGCAUAAGGAUGAUCGCAGAAGUCCAGAAAGAAGCUGCA